AGAAAAUUAAAGAAAACCCACGUUAUGGCAGUUAUAAAUAGACAUUUAUUUCUUCUUCAUUUCAGCAAAAACUAGCAUCAAAAUGAUGCAUUUUCUCUUUUCUUCUUCUUUUUAUUUAACUCUUUCUGUAUUGAUGCUAAGCCGGCAUAAUGGAAAACCAGCACCAAAGCCUCUAUUAAAAAUCUCAUAUUGAGGUUUAACAAAAUCCUUCAAUAAGUGGUUGUUUUGGGUUGGUUUGCAUCUAAUUUUUUUAACUCAAGUAAUUUAGUUAGUAGACUUUCAAAGGACACAUCUAAUGCAGCUGGAUCAAAAUAAACAGAUCUUUCUGCCACUGAAGAACAUCAGCUGUGCCCAAAAAAAUAGAGAGAGAAAACCCAUCUUUAUUAGUCCAGCUUUUCCACAUGGAAGAAAACCAAAGCUGAAGUAUCCGCAGACUUCUAAUGAUUCAGUUCCCUCAGUGAUUCAUCAAUCUAAAAGUCUGCCUCAACUACAGGGAGCAACUCCAAGAAGAGAUCCUUGAAUUUUCCUCCCCAGCAGUCCGGACAGGGAGGGGUGCAGAGCGCACGUUCCACCCUGGCUUCUAUGGCAACCCCGAUAGAUUGGCUCCGUCAAUAUUCACGUUAAUAGAAAGCAGGGGGCUUUAAGGAUGAAUGAUGUCAGAGCUGCAUGCGCGCUGAUAUGUGUUCACCUUGCGCUGAGAGAGAGUCAGAUCUUUCGGGGGAGGUGGAGAGGAUGCUUUGUCAUUGAGGAGCUCAGCAGCAUUCUCCCAUUCCGGCACGUCCGACGCUCAGCGCGCUGCAUCCUGAUGCGCCCCCGGCUGUCUCUGAGCUUACCUGGAUUCAUAUUCGUUUAUUUUUUUGGUUUACUUCUUUUUUUUCUCCUUUGAUUGCUGCGUGUUGUUGACUCACCCCAAUGUUUGAUCCGGAGGAUCAGGAGUCAGAGAAGACAGGACCCGUCCUGCGGAUGCGCCGUGUCUGUUCUCCCUCCAGAUGCACCCCAACUGUAUGAUUCACCCCCCUGUUUUCAUGGGCUGUCAUUAAAGCGCGCAUUCUAUUGUUUUUUUGUUUGUUUGUUUUUUUGUUUUUUUGUUUUUUGCACAAUGGAGAGAUUCCAGUCUUCUAUGCGCAAAAGGCUGUACAGUUUGCCGCAAAACAUUGUGCAAAAACCCUUUGUGAGUGACACCGAAGAAGACAGGGAUGACAAGGACGCCAAAAGGAAAAGUAUUCGCCUAAAACAGCUGUCUUCUCCCUCUCCUGCCAGCAGUUGCAGGAGCCUUGAGGAGGCCAGGAGCGAGGACUUGGACAGAGACGUUGCAGUCAAGACCAACUUAAACGGGGACUGUCGCUUUUUCAGAGGCAGCAUCUCCUCCAUCACCGGGCGCCACCAUCCUGGUUCGGAUUUGGCCGAACAGCGGCGCCUCAUUCCGGAGGCUGACGCAGGGGUCCGAGAGAGUUUCCCCGGAGAGCACGGCCCCGGGUGCCAGCAGCGAGCGCCGGCCGGGCUGCUUGGCGCAGCGGGGCAGCCCUCACUGUUUGACCAGUCAAGUUUCAUCAAGUUGGAGGGGACCGAGCAGAUCAUACCGGAGGACGACCGCCUGUACCAGGCUGGCUUCAUGCACCGGCAGUUUGGUGCGAUGCUCCAACCUGGAGUCAACAAGUUCUCCCUGCGGAUGCUGGGCAGUGAGAGGGCCGUGGAGCACGAGAGGGAACGCGUAAAGUCUGCAGGCUUCUGGAUAAUCCACCCCUACAGUGAUUUUAGGUUUUACUGGGACCUGACUAUGCUGCUGCUGAUGGUGGGAAACCUCGUCAUCAUCCCCGUGGGCAUCACCUUUUUUAAGGACGAGCACACGCCGCCCUGGAUCGUCUUCAAUGUGGUCUCAGACACUUUCUUCCUUAUGGAUCUGGUACUCAACUUCCGCACGGGGAUCGUGAAGGAGGACAACACAGAGAUUAUCUUGGACCCGCAGAAGAUCAAGAUCAAGUACUUGAAGAGCUGGUUCAUGGUGGACUUCAUCUCCUCCAUCCCCGUUGACUACAUCUUUCUCAUCGUGGAGACACGCAUCGACUCGGACUUUUACAAAACAGCAAGAGCCCUGAGAAUCGUCCGCUUCACCAAGAUCCUCAGCCUGCUGCGGCUUCUGCGCCUCUCCAGACUCAUCCGCUACAUCCACCAGUGGGAGGAGGUUUUCCACAUGACGUAUGAUCUUGCCAGCGCCAUGGUGCGCAUCAUGAACCUGAUUGCCAUGAUGCUGCUGCUGUGUCACUGGGAUGGCUGCCUGCAGUUCUUGGUUCCCAUGCUGCAGGAUUUCCCCGCUGACUGCUGGGUUACAAGAAACAAGAUGGUGAAUGACACUUGGGGUCAGCAGUACUCCUACGCCCUUUUCAAGGCCAUGAGUCACAUGCUGUGCAUUGGGUACGGUCUGUACCCUCCCAUUGGCAUGGCUGACGUGUGGCUCACCAUCCUCAGCAUGAUUGUGGGGGCUACCUGCUUUGCCAUGUUUGUGGGCCACGCCACAGCGCUCAUUCAGUCUCUGGACUCUUCCAGGAGGCAGUACCAAGAAAAGUAUAAACAAGUGGAGCAGUACAUGUCGUUCCACAAGCUCCCCGCUGACAUGCGACAGAGGAUCCACGAUUACUAUGAACACCGCUAUCAGGGCAAAAUGUUUGAUGAGGAGAACAUUCUGGAGGAGCUGAAUGAGCCUCUGCGAGAGGAAAUCAUCAACUUCAACUGUCGCAAACUGGUGGCCUCCAUGCCACUUUUCGCCAACGCCGAUCCCAACUUUGUCACCUCCAUGCUGACCAAACUGCGCUUUGAGGUUUUCCAGCCGGGCGACUUCAUCAUCAGAGAAGGAACCAACGGCAAGAAGAUGUACUUCAUUCAGCACGGCGUUGUCAGCGUCAUCACCAACCACAGCAAAGACACCAAGCUGACUGAUGGCUCAUAUUUUGGAGAAAUAUGCCUGCUGACCCGAGGGAGACGGACAGCCAGCGUGCGAGCAGAUAACUACUGCAGGCUCUAUUCUCUGUCUGUAGACAACUUCGAUGAGGUGCUAGAAGAAUAUCCCAUGAUGAGGAGGGCCUUUGAGACCGUGGCUUUAGACCGCCUGGACCGCAUCGGAAAGAGGAAUUCUAUUCUUCAGCAUAAAGUCCUGCAUCACCAAAGUUCUGGCACACAAAACCUUCAAGAAACAGAGAUCAUCCAAAGAAUCGUGCAACAUGACCGCGACAUGGCCCAAUGCACGCAGCUGAUCCAAGCCAGCACUGCACAGAAUCUCAAUCUUCCCUCUGCUCCUUCGUCACCCACUCCUGUCAUCUGGACUCCAUUAAUUCAGGCCCCACUUCAAGCUGCUGCUGCCACCACCCCUCUGGCUCUUGCCUUAGCUCACCACCCUCAAUUGCCCUCAAUUCUUUUCCACAAUCCCCAAGCUCCAGCGUCUGGCUCAGUGAAAGACCACAGGAGCCAUUCCAAGAGUGUGCAGGUAGGUUUGAACACGUCCAGCGGCUGUGGCUCAGGGGCCAAUUCCCCUGGUAGCCCUGCCAAUUUUCGCUCCAUGGUUGAGAGUUCAACUCUGGAGGUUCCCAGGACUCAGUAUCCCCCCAUUCCCCCUGUGCCGUUCUCUCUGCCGUCACAGCCGUUCUUCACUGGCAGCCUGCAGCCCGCCGCCCCUCUUCCCAUUCAAAACCCUAUUUCCUUCCCUCCUCUCUCUGCUUCAGUCUUCCCCAUGACCCAGACCACCAUCUCCUACACCUGCUCCUCUCAGCUCCACCCACAACCUUUUCCUGGCGCCAUGACAACCCCAUCAAACCCUUUAGGUUUACUGCAGCUGGGGGUGCCAGGGACGCUCCCAAUUCGAUUCCCAGCUCCCACCAUAAGCCCUCUGAUCUGCAGCUCCGUUAACCCCAUCCUGAACCAGCUUCAGCAGGCCUCUGUGCAGCAAACCGCGAUGGGUCACGACAGAGCAAGCAAGACAUCCAGCGACAUGCUCCUCCCACAUUUUCCCAUAAUCACCACUGCUCAUUCCUCUGCCGGGUUCCAUCAACCUGCCGCUCUGAGUGGAGUCGGAGCUGCAGCUACUCUGGCCCACCACUCCCUGGUGGGAGUCCAAUCCGCUUUCCUCCCCCAAGUUGUCCCCGAGCACUCGGCCCUCGCCUCCCUAGCACAGUACGGCUCGGCUGAGGCCUCGCCUUGCUACACGCCUCCCGUUUAUAGUCCCAGCACACAGAGCCCGGUGAGGGGAAGGACUCUACAGAUCCCCGACAUCCCCAGCACCACUUGUUGUCAAACUCUUCAGACCUCAUGCCCUGUCAGGAUGGCCUCUAUUCUGAAAGAGUCUCCUGCAGAUCUCUUUACUCAGCAAAUAAACACGAUCUCAGGCUCUCAUAGCUACACACACCAGGAAAGGCCUUUGGCUAUGAGUGUCUCCUCAGAGGGGGCAGCAGGACUCUCCGUGCCCUCCAUGCCCGUCAACAAACCCUUCACCCUGAGUCACUCUGCUCCAUGGACACAUUUAGGCGCUGAGUCUAGAAACCAGCCCCCUGGCAUCGCCUCUCCGCUCCCCACAUCCCCCGCUGAAAUGUUAGAGAGUGAACAGAAGCAGUCCAAACUGCCCUCCAAUUUGUGAGUUUCAGCCACAGCCUCCUUCAACGCCUGAGUCACAAGAAUCAACCCCAGGCUGGGAUCUGUUGAACCAUGUCGGAGGUGAUUCAGAGCAGAUUGGAACUGAGAGAUUUAACUGUCAAUCAGAGUGAACAGAGUUUGAAUCAUAGAUUGACAUACAGUACUUCUGUUGCAGAGUGUGUAGUCUUUCCAUAGAAAAUCUAAAAGGAUCAGCAGGUGUGAAGGGUUUUACUGUUCUACACAUUAAAUCCUAACCUCUCUCAGUGAUGCGUUCUAUUUAUUUAAAACUCACAGUUUAGGCAACUUUAUUUAACCUGUUAUCUUUGUUAACUUUGUUCACUUAGGACUGAAACCAAAAAUUGCUCUUGUCCUCUGUUUAUAUCUUUUUCUAACUUGGCUGAAAGUUGGUGUGAAUGUGUGGACCCCCCCUUUCCCCUUCCUUCAGUGAUCUGCAGAGGGACAGACUGAGCACUUUAACAGAUAAGAGGGUCUGAGGGUGGAAUGUCUUCCAGGAUAGCUUUUCAGCAAUAUUGCACACCCAACUGGGUCAUACAAAUAAGAUGGAGAAAUGAAUGUAACGCUGCAUUACUGUUUUAGUUUGAAUGUGUGUGACAGAAGCAAGGGGAAUAAUGGAGGUCGACCCGUUUCAGACUGGCAAUAACUUACACAACAUCCCCUUGAGUGGAGGAUCGUGGCCUAAAAUAGCAACAUAUGCAAUUAUCUGUGUGUUUUUUUUAUUAUGUGUAUAUAGUUACUGUCAAUUCAAAGCAUUUGUGUCAAUGAAUGAGUUUCUGAUUUUAGUUAGAACUCAGUAAUAUAAGGGAAAUGAAUUUUUUAAAAACAAGCACUUGCGGAUAAUCAAACAACCUGAAAACCAGCAAUGCACUGAGGUUGACAUGAAUGUUUCUCGCACCAGUCAAAGGGCUAAGAGGAGUUACUUGGAGAGGUGUUUAACAAGAAACCCUGGCGGGUCAUUUUGCUGCAUAUUUACCUGUUUGUUUGUACGAUUGUAAAAUCUGUUUUUGAACAGUCUCUGCUUUGUGAUGCUACGCUGCAUCAAGCUGCUUUUUAAAAAGCACUCUCAUGUCCCUCCUUUUGUCAGUAUGAGGAAAUGUCUGUCUGCUGCAGAGCUAUGAGCAACCAGUCAUCACUGAUGCUUCCCAUCCAGUGACUUUCAACCUUCAGGCAGCCGCUUACUGCCAGUAGACUCAUCAAUCCUUGACUUUUUGUUAUCCUCCAAUCACCUGUCAGUAAUGAUCUGGGACUGAGUUUAGGUUUAUUUUAAGUAUAUACAAUUUUACACAUAUUAGGAAAGAAGUUAUCCAUCUAUUAACUAGUUUGUUUCUCUUUUUGUUGCCUUUAUACCAACAAAGAUGAUUUAAUGCCCUAUAUGUUAAGCACAUUUUAUUUUAGCUACUGAGUUCAAUGCAAUAAAGUUACAUAUGCUCUAC